UAUCCCAUGCUUUUUGAUUCUGUUUGUACUAACAGAUAUAUUCAGACUGAUGGAAGCACUCAAGUAGCCAGGUUUCUUUAUGAUACAAAGCGCUUUAUCCAAAAGAACAGAUGGAUAGUUGAUACCGCACCUCUUCAGCUUUACUCUUCUGCGAUUAUUUUUGCGCCGGAGAUGAGUAUAGUUAGGCAUAUAUUUAAGGAUAAGAUUCCUAGUUGGAUUUCUACUUUACCGAAAGUGGAAUCAGCUUGGAGCGCGGAAUUGCAGACCCUGGAGGGCCACUCAAGCGUGGUCGAGGCACUGGCAUUCUCACCAGAUGGCAAGCUGGUGGCAUCUGGCUCUCAUACAGUCAAGCUCUGGGAUCCAGCCACAGGAGCUCUACAGCAGACCCUAGAAGGCCACUCAAGCAGGGUUAAGGCAGUGGCAUUCUCACCAGAUGGCAAGCUGGUGGCAUCUGGCUCUGCUGAUCAUACAGUCAAGCUCUGGGAUCCAGCCACAGGAGCUCUACAGCAGACCCUAGAAGGCCACUCAGAACUGGUUGGGGCAGUAGCAUUCUCACCAGAUGGCAAGCUGGUGGCAUCUGGCUCUGGUGAUGGUACAGUCAAGCUCUGGGAUCCAGCCACGGGAGCUCUACAGCAGACCCUCAAGGUUGACACAGUGAUUAGGGAGCUAACUUUUUCCAAAGACGGUCCAUACCUAGAAACAGAUAGCGGACCGUUAAAUAUCGAUUCUCUCUACACUGGCACUUUCGCUCAUGAGCAGCGAAAUAUAUGCAAUAUAUUUGUACAAGGGCUCGUUGGGUGA